UGCUUCGUCACCAGCUUCACGCCAAAUAAUUCUGAGAUGUUCUACCAGUGGCUUGGCCUUCUUUUCCCCAUAUGUAACGGCGGUCUGCCAGAGGCGAUGACGUCGCCACCACAACGAGGCUGCACUCUAACAUUUCAGCCCCCAAAUAUCAGGAGUACCGCCCAGACCGACAAACCUGUAACGUUUGCUUCCUCCAUGGGAUACUUGGCAUAUAUCAACCUUGAACUCGUGUCUUUCAGCAGUAUAGCAAGGAGUAGCUACCGUUAUUCGCACCAUGGAUCGUUCGGCAAAACCCGCCUUUAAUUUCGUGAACCUCUCCCAUCCUGACGAGCUCAAAGAUGAGGAGACGCAGCUUCGAAUCCGGCGGCUGGCUAUGGCGGAAGUCGGCAAAGCGCGCAGAAAACCGAAGACGAGACGUGAAAGAAACGAGAUUGUGCUCGAAUUUCGUACGCCGGCAGGGAGUCCUUCGAGCAUCGAGCGGCUUGGUGGAGGGGAGGUCGACCCUUUCAGCGCGUACCCGAUCGACCUGGAUGAGACGGGGCGUGGGCUUGUUGCAUACAUCUUUCGAAACAACAGCAGCCAUUCGCGUCAGCUCCGGGGUUCAUGGUGGCCCGUGGGUCUAGCAGACCCUGCAGCCUUCUAUAUGGUGCUCGGAAACUCGCGGCUGUAUAUGCUCAAGGAGCUGAAUGGUGCAUUUGUGACGCAGGACGACGCAGUAAGCCUGUUGCAUCAGAACAAUGCCAUCCGCUCGAUGGGCGAGAAGAUGAAGGACCCCCGGCAUCACACUAGUGACGAGCUUCUAGGUGCUGUUGGAGCCUUCAUGUGCCAUCAUUAUAUUCUCGGGGGUUUUGCUGGAUGGGAGAACCAUCGUAAUGCAAUGAUGAGGAUCACGCAGUUAAGAGGUGGGAUAGACAAGAUAACCAAACAGGAGCUUCGAAUUACCAUGUCCUGGUGUGACCUCGUCGGCGCAUUCUCGCAAGACAUUCCGUCAAUCGUUACACUUCCGCGUCAAUGGGAAGCUGACUCGAAGUCACCACCACACUCACCUCGUCCCUACAGUGCCAUCUCGCUGAAGUGGAAACAGCAGCUACCCACACUGCUAGACUGGAUAUCGAUAUUUGACGACGUGAACCAACUCAUCUCGCUCGAGCGCGCCUUUACCGACAAGGAGCUCCGACUUGCUGCAACGACUGGAAGCUGGAUGGAGCCCACAAUGGUCCGUCUGCUUGCUAUCCGACCGCUAGUCCGUGGAAGCAGUCAAGAGAACGUCAUCGAAGAAGUGUGUCGGCUUGGGACGAUGCUAUUCUUAGCACCAGUCUGGCGGUGGAUUGGCGCCCGUCCAGUUUGGACGUUCAAUAUCUCGCGGAAUCUCCUCUCAAUUCUUCACAGCCACAUGGUGGAAUGGGGCGAUCUCAAGCCGUUACUCGCCUGGGUGAUCUACUUUGCCGCAGUCGAAACGCGAGAUGCCAUGGAGCGGAGCCGGUUCGUCUUCUUUCUCGCCGUGGUGAUGGGCGGAUUGCAAAUCCGGGAGUGGGAAGAGCUGAUGCAAAUCGUGAAGCGUGUGCUUUGGGUCGAGAAGGUAUUUGCAAACAGCGAGGAGAGCAUUCGAGAAGAGGUUAUGAGGAUAUUGCGGAGGGCUACGCCGGUGGGGAAGAUAGCAGAAGAGGUGGAGAGUGAGGGCGCCUAGCUUCUUUGGCUUCUCUCAAAAGAGUCUUUAAUUCCUCUAUCCCGUCUCGUAUAAGCGAAGGUAUUCUGCGAUACGUCACCACCCUCCUUUCUCAUUCCUAAGCGCCGUCCUGAUUACAUGCGCAAACCCGUGCCUUAGUCUGCAUUGCUCUCCUAUACUACUAAAAGGGUUCCUUUCAAGCUUCACUAGAGGCUAGCAUAUAAAGAGCUGGUAUCUAGCAUGCGCUCUCAGCAACAAACGAACAGGUACCUUCUCACUUCUCCUCUUCGAUUUAACCACUAC